UGACCUCAUCAAACAGCCUGGACCACAGCGAAUCCUUGCCUCCGCUGGCAGGGUGUUCUGUCAGUGAAGGAGCCUGCAGUCUCAGCAUGGUGCUAGGUGUGGGCACAGCUGGAAGGACACUAUAGUGGAUUUAUGGCUGUCACUUGACAUCAUGCACCAUCGUUGGCUGCUGCUUCUUGCAUGCUUCUGGGUCCUGUUUAUGCUUAUGGUUGCAAGCAAGUUUAUCACCCUCUCAAUGAGAAGCCCUGAGAAGUAUAGAAUGAGACCGGGCUCAUUGACCGUUUUACCUGAACUGGAGAAAAUGACUGUGACUGAAGCAAGAAAGUUCCAGAUUGAUAGUCAGCCAACAGUGGACACGUUGAAAAAUAUGACCCACAUCGAUUUCAUCCACAAAGAGCGACUGGAAGAGCUCAGAAGUGUGUGCAGGAAUGGAUCACUCUCAAACCUCUCACAUUCCGGCAUUUCCAAGUUUGUGUUGGAUCGAAUCUUUGUCUCUGACAAGCACAAGAUCUUGUUUUGUCAGACCCCUAAAGUAGGAAAUACCCAAUGGAAAAAAGUUCUCAUUGUUUUAAACGGGGCAUUUUCAUCGAUUGAGGAUAUCCCAGAAAAUGUAGUUCACGAUCAUGAAAAGAAUGGUCUUCCGCGGCUAUCCUCAUACAGUAUAGCAGAUGUGCAGGAGAGGCUGAAUUCCUAUUUCAAGUUUCUCAUUGUCAGAGAUCCCUUUGAGAGACUGAUUUCUGCAUACAAAGAUAAGUUUGUACAGAACCCCCGUUUUGAGCCAUGGUACAAGCACAACAUUGCUCCAGUCAUUAUUCGCAAGUACAGGAAAGAUCGCACAGAAACCCAGGGGGGUCUGCAGUUUCAAGACUUUGUACGGUACCUGGGUGACCCAAACCACAAGUUUCUAGAUCUCCAGUUUGGGGACCAUAUAAUCCACUGGGUAACUUAUGUGGAGCUGUGUGCCCCUUGUGAAAUAAAUUACAAUGUCAUUGGGCAUCAUGAGACUCUUGAGGAGGAUGCACCAUACAUCUUGAGGGAAGCGGGAAUAGAUAAACUGGUCUCUUACCCCGCCAUACCACCAGGAAUCACAAAAUACAACCUAUCAAAAGUGGAACAUUAUUUUUCCAAAGUAUCCCAGAGAGACAUCAAACGUCUUUAUGACAGAUUUGAAGGCGACUUCAAGCUUUUUGGAUAUAAAGAGCCGACAUUUUUAUUUCAUUGAUGUGGCGCUGUUUACAGUGGGGUAAUGACCCACUGUGUCUGCAGCAAGAGCACUACUGAAGCUUUUUAUUCAUUGUUAUAUGGACUACAUACAGUUGGUGUUUUUUUUUCUCUGACAAUAAUGUACUGUAUUUGCACUUUAACCCACUUACAGCAGUGCAUUAGAUACAGUGUAUUAUAUUUUGUAUGGUGGGUAUUGGCCUGUAAGUACCCGCUCUGGGACUAAUGGUGGGUGCGGUUGGAAAUCUUAUGUGAAUACGUUUUUCUGUUUACAGCUUAAAUGUAUAGCAGAGCUGCCGCAGUGGUAGGAAGUGCUGCAAUAUCCAGCUCUGUUAUUUGCUUUUUAUUUCUACCUGAUGAUUUUUUAUUAUUACAGUGCCAUUCUGAAAGAGCCACUAGUAUAAGGAUAUAAGGACUAGGAUGCACCUAUACUAUUUCUAAUGACUGCACUACAUAAAGCCUAGUGAGGCAGUGAUCCCAUGCCCUUUGGCAUAAUUCUGAGAGAUUCCAACUUGCAUCUUAUCUCUCUCACAGAAAGCAAUUUUUGUAGCACUGGUGCUUUUAUUAAGGGGAUUGUUUAAUUCUAGGACUAACGCUUGGAAUUUAGGUAAGAUAAAGAUUUUUAGAUUUUUUUUUUCUCUCCACUUUUUGAUGUGGCCAAAAUGGAGAAAAUGAUUCUGUACUAAAGCAUACUUCUGUCAUUGACUGAUCAAAAAGUUUCAUAAGUAUACAGUAGGUCUGCGGGACCAAUAUUUUACAAAGCUCUCUGACUUUUAGGUUUAUAGCUAAUGGUACUUCCACUUCCAUUUACUUAAAUACAGCUAUAAUGGACGUCACAAUUCCACUGAACUGGAAGAUACUACCAUAAAUAAAGCUCCAGAACAUGUUAACAGCUGAAGAGACGCAACCCAGCUAUUCUCUGAUAUUUCUCAAUGAUAUGUCAGGAAAUAGAGGAGUGAUAUACAGUAUUUUUUUUUUAUUUGCUCUGGCAUCUACCUUUUCCAGAUAGCCACUCAGUAACAAAUGCGAGCCCAGUGACCAUUACAUCGAUACAUGCUGCAAAUACAUGCCCAAGCUGGACUCCUGCUGUAAUGGCUGGAAUCAGAAAAAUAUCUGAUCCCAGCCAUUUAACUCAUUACAUGCUGCUGUCAAUAUUGACUGUGGCAUCUUGGGCUGACAGAGGGGUUUCUUUGGCAGCCAGCAAAGGCCUCCUGGUCUGUUUUAAGCAACUGCAUGUUAGUCUAUGCCAAUGGUAUGGCAUAAAAAGUUGCCUGUGUGAUAAUGCUCUGGAAUGCUAUGUAUUCCAGAGCAUUAUAGAAGCCUUCAGGUGACCACUACUUCAAGCCUGCUAGGGGAACAAGAAAAUAGUUUAUUAUAAUACGCAUUCUCAUCUUGGACGUGGGUGGCGUAUCGCUAGGAUAUGCCUCAAAGUGCAGGAGGGCACAUGCACGGCCGCCUUUCAUUCUUAUGGGAGCAGUGAAAAUUUCUAUAAACUCCAUACAAGUGAAUGGAGCGGUCGCCGCACUUGAACGGUGCACUUCCCAUUCAUUUCAAUGAGACUUCUGAAAAUACCAAAUCGUGCAGCUCAGCUAUUUUCGGCACUCCCAAAGGAUUGAAUGGAGGGCAGCCAUGCAUGUGCAGUGCGCUCUCCAGCACAUUGCAGGCUCCAUUCUUAGUACAUGGGCAAGUCCCAGAGGUGGAAUCCGCACCUAUCAGACCUAUCCUAGCAAUAUGUUCCCAAUAGCCAUUGUGUAACAUCAGAUGGAACUGAAUAAAAAUCUUCACAGGAUAUCUGGUUUGGGUAAUGGGGGUGGAGACUUCACUGUGUAUAUGCUCC